AUGUCGGGUAAACACUUUAAUGUACAUGAAGUGGGCUGCUGCAUUAAAUACUUCAUAUUUGGAUUUAAUAUAAUAUUCUGGCUUUUGGGAGUGGCCUUCCUGUCUGUGGCGCUUUGGGCCUGGAGUGAGAAGGGUGUUUUAUCAAAUAUCUCGUACAUCACUGAUCUGGGUGGAUUUGACCCAGUCUGGCUCUUUCUGGUUGUUGGUAUGGUGAUGUUCAUACUGGGAUUCGCCGGCUGCAUUGGAGCGCUCAGAGAAAACUCCUUUCUGCUCAAAUUUUUUUCAGUGUUUUUGGGGAUUAUAUUUUUUCUGGAGCUGACUGCUGGAGUUUUGGCAUUCGUCUUUAAGGACUGGAUUAAAGAUCAGCUCAAAUUCUUCAUCAACAACAAUAUCCGAGCGUACCGAGAUGAUAUCGAUCUGCAGAACCUCAUUGACUUUACUCAAGUAUAUUGGGAGUGCUGUGGGGCAUUUGGACCGGAGGACUGGAACCUGAACAUCUACUUUAACUGCACCGAGACCAAUCUUAGCCGGGAGAGAUGUGGAGUACCCUUCUCCUGCUGCACUAAAGAUCCUGCUGAGGAUGUGUUAAACACUCAGUGUGGUUAUGAUUUUCGAGCUAAAGCCGACCUGGAUCAAAAGAUGUCUGUCAACACUAAAGGUUGUGUACCGCAGUUUGAGAAAUGGCUACAGGAGAAUCUGACAGUGGUUGCUGGAAUUUUCAUAGGAAUCGCCUUACUGCAGAUAUUUGGGAUCUGUUUGGCGCAAAAUCUGCUAAGUGACAUUGAGGCUGUAAGAGAGAGCUGUUUGUUCUCCUGACCUGGGGAAGUUCUUCACGGCCACUCCAUCACCAUCUUAACAUCUCGUCCAGCAAACUGAACCUUCAGUUUCAUCCUUUAUCCUUUAUUAUUGCUUCACUAAACCUUUUUAUAUGUUUCAAUUUCACCACUGUUCAACUUUUCUAACUACACCUGUAAAAAAGUGGGAAUUUAUUUCCAUGUGCAAAUCAAAUCACGCUGCUUUCUAUUUCUACAACAUGAAGUGAAGUUCAUGGGCAACUUUUGCGCCGGGAAUAUUCCUAUUUACGAUACAUUAAAAAGCACAUGAAAGCAGCAUUACUAUUAUAUCACUUCAGCUGUGCAUCUUUGUGUAGAAUGUUGCUUGUUUUGUAGUAGACCACAGGGUGAAGGGGAGUUCAAGUACACAACUUUCACCAAAUUCCACCAAACCUGUACAAGUUUAUGUUACAACUUUUGCAAUUAGGCUGAUUUUGCUAACAAGUAAUGAAAGCUUAUGAUGACCAGUUAGUUUCAUGCUUAAUGCAGGAAUCACACACGUACCUUUAAUGCUACAUUUUUGUGUAUUUAAUCCAUUUUUGUGAAAAGAUUUUUAUGAAAUGUGGAGAUUCUGAACUCCACGGUUUGAAACUCGGCGUUGCCACCAGUCGGCUGGGCGCCAUCUAGCAGGCAUAAUUGGCAAAGCCUGCAGCAGACUCGUUUAGACUAUGUGGGUGGGGUCUUCAAAACGCUGUGUACGGACCCUGAUUAGCAGAUGGAGAGGCGCCUGUGCAGAAUGCAUGGGUGAAAAAGGGUUCUGCUAAGGGCUGCGUGUGGGUCGGAGGAGCAGCAAUAUACCCACCUUGACUGCAAUCAGGGACCCCCCAGCAGUGGAAGACAAAUUGACUACCCUAAAUUGGGAGAAAAUGGGAGAAAAUGCAGAAAUAAAAUAGAAAAAAAAGAUUUUAAUAAAAUGUAAUGAACAGUUGAGCUUAGGGUUAGAGCAGGGUCAGCGUCCAUAUUAUUUAGUAUUGCUUCAUAUUUUUUUUUCACCCUUGCUCACAUUUUUUUUAUGAGUUCUGCUUUAAACAAGAAACAAAGCAUAAAAUCAAACUGUAAUACUGUAAAAACACUAAAAACGUAUUAGUUUUGCUUAUGUAAAUGCAGACACUUGAGGUUAACUUCAAGCUUAUUUCAGUCAGAUGCCAAAUUGGGUUUACAUUUAAACCUUUAUAUUUUACAGUGUGAGACGAUUUUAGCAUGUAACAGUUUGAAGCUUUUGUUCCUUAUUAGCAACAUUAGCAUAGUAGCAUCAGCACUGAAGUAAAGAAGCAACAUUUUGGGGAGAAAAUCUUACCCUACCUUAUCAUCAUUUGACCUGAUCAUUUACAUUUGAGUAAAAAAACUACCCUUAUGAACAUUUGUUUUUGUAUUGUAAAUCUCUGUUACACAUGCUAGGAUGUUAGCAAAAAUGUUAAUAUGACAAAUGUACUAAUGGAAUUGGAUUUAAAAGCACUGCUUUAGUUUUAGUCCGUUUGUAUAAAAUGUUUAUUACAUAAGGAUAAAAAAUGCACUGCAUGUGUACUUAAAUGACACUUAAGUGUUAAAUAAUUUACUUCUGUUUGGUAAAUGUAUGUUAAUAUAGGUUUAAUAUUUUAUCUAUAUGUUGAAUUAAGUGACUGACUAGAAUGUUUCAUUUUUUGCACUUAGCCAUUUUUUUUAAUACUAUACAAUGUGUGGGUAGUGGGUGCUACAUUGCAGCUACAUGAUGUACUGUAUAUCUAAUCAUUGUUACAUUUGAGUAAGUUAAAUCUGCCCAUUUGUUAGUGUAUUUAAGGUAGCUCUUGUAUUCCAGCAAUUAUGGUAAAGGCAAAGUCAUAAACUUAGUAUGCAAAAUUUCAAUUCAAGUCCAUUCAAAUCCAUUUAAUUCGCUUCUUAAGGGUCAGUGAUUCACACUGCUACACUGUUGCUUCAAAAUGCACUUGUAAUGCACUCUAUAAAACACACAGGGUGACUGUUUUCAGCUAAAAGUGUCCACUCCCAGCCUGACACGCCCACAGAAAAUUUCUGCUGUAAACAGAAUAUGGCAAAGUACACCACAUUAGCUUGCUAAUAACAAAGCACUACAAUCCCUCCGUGGUUUUAGCAUAAAUACAAGUGACUUAAAUAAAGAAAACAACUCCAGUUUUAACAUGGUUAUUCAAUGCACCAUACUGUUUGCUUUUUAGUUGCACACAGACCUUUUAAACCAUGGUAGGAAGGCAUUGUUUUGCGUUAAAUGUACAUUAAAUUUUACACAUUUGCACCCCACCAGCUAAAGAGUCAGUAUUAAUGUUGUGUUUUUCUUUCAGUGAGAAAAAAGUGUGUAACUGAGCUUGUUAUUUAGUGACUGUGUUCCACUUGGAUACAGAGAUUAGAUAGUUAUCACCAGGUUUGUGUGUUGUAAUUGAUGUGUUUGAUUAUUAAAACUUUUUACAGUACUUAAUUGUAUAACUACUCACCACCCAGAGACGAAGGAUAAACAUUGUAAACAAUAAAGUUUAUUAUGUUGUUCUAUGUGUAUUUUUUUUUUUUACGUUGAUUGUUACUGUUGUAUUCUAUACAAAAAUCUGUACAAACAAUUAUUUGUAAGUUGUAACUAUGUGGAACAGUAGUAACUUUUCUGAAUGGUCAGUUGUAAUCUAAGAGCCACCAAAACAGGUCUGCCAUGAUUUUAAAAAGGAAACCUCUGCUCAACAAUUGGGUUUCUAAAUAUUUUUUUUUUAUUACAUAGACAAACUAAAAGCCCUCUUAAAGAAAGAACCAUGUGAAGUCAAGUGGUGCUAGUAUUAAACUCUGGAUCUCUUUUGCUGGCAGCAGAACUGGUGCAUUGCAGAACAUUGACAGAAUAAAGAAACCCUUCCAAGAA